AUGUUCGCCAAAUCAGCUACGCCGGCUACUCCAGUGACAAGACCAAAGUCCCACAUCAACGACUCCGUCACGUGGGUGAAGGAAUGGUACAAUCCACUUGAAUACGGUUCUGGCGGUCCAGCCAACUUGAAGUUGAAAGGUUGGGUGAAGACGAACGCUUCUGCCGCUGAAGAUGCUGCUCCUAAUGUCGACUCUACGAGCGUGUACAACUUGGAGUCAUGCCAGUACUUGCAAGAUCCAGUUAUUGUUGAGGUUGUCCAGGAAGCUCCUCCAGACCCACAGCAGGACUCUGACUUGAGACUGGCUUUGAGUAUGGACAAGAAGGACGACCAGAUUUCGUCGCUUUCGGGCUUGGGUAUGUAA